AUGCCUCGUCAUAAUCUUGAGCGUGUACUAGUCGACCACCCCUACAAUGACCGUCGCAUUUUCGUUUUAUCAGCUGUGCACGACGCAAUCUACUAUCUUCGCCACGAACCACAUCUUCGUGACGAUGUCAUUGACACGCUAGAGGAAAUUGCCCACGAAAUGGGCGUCAGUAUUUCAAGUGCGGUUGUGGAGCAUGAUCCUCAGUUUGAGCGAUUGUGUCGUAACCUUGAGCUUAUGCUUCCUGUCUUGAUCAGGAUUCUUAGCAAGCACAACGACGAGGAGACAGACAGAGACGUUGCUGAUGAUCUCAUCAGCUGCAUCCCUAGUGUUUUGCAACAGCCUAAAAAGUGGAACCCAGAUGUCGAAGAGAUUUCUGACGAGGAGGCAUUUGAGGAGCAGCAGCGGAAUAGAUGUCCUCUCCAUCACAGAUAG